GAAUACAGUGAUUUCAUUAUUAUUUGCAGUACUACUUAAACAGAAUUUCGUUUAUAGUUUAGUUACGGACUAUAAUGUUACGACUUGGAAUUCACAAGGUUAUAGACUACAGCAAGUUUUGGAUUUAUUUUUAAGCGACCCGUCGUUGAAUUUAGCUUUUGUGCAAGAAAGUGGAAAUGUUGCUAGCGAAAACCCAGGAAAUAUCAUUCAUCAGAAUUUAGAGUUUUACAUAGCUGAUUCUGAAAAUGCAUUUGAAUGCCGCAAUGAUGGAUAUUAUGAAGUACGGGAGUAUGUAAAUCAAGGAACGCUAUUGUAUAUAUAUUUUUUCCCCGCGCCUCAAAAUGUUCGACAAGCACUUGGAUUGACUAUUGUAAGCAGACAUGCGGCAACAGGGAUACUAUACUUUGUAUCUCAGCAUAAUCACCGGGCCAUAUGUGAUUCCCGCGACCGCGCAUUUAUUAAUCGACCCGUUGUGGGAUUGGUUCUUGGCACUGAUGACAUUUUCCUCAACAUCCACGCUGAACCCACUCGAACAAGGAACGAAGUACUUACUCAACUAAGAGCCGUUAGAUCCCAUAUGAGUAUCCACAGACCCUCUGCUUCCUGGAUGCUAGCCGGGGACUUCAACCGCUUACCUCAAGACGUGCAACCCACUUUGAUUCAAAACCAAGAACGAUUGGUCCAGCCUCCACAAGGUACUCACGAUAACGAUGUUCUGGAUUACUUUAUAUAUGGGUCCGCAGAUCAGACUGUAUUCGCGCGAAUGGACAGUCCAUCAAAUCAAGCAACUAUUAACCCAACUCUGACCGGCUCGGAUCAUCAUGCUGUUUAUUUUUCCAACUAUAUUACAUCAAUUCAAUACGAUCGAAGCAACCUGCAACAAAUUUUAGAUCAAGCAUGCACCGUACGAAAAACUAAGUACCACGAUUGGACGCACUUUUAUGAUGAAGUUUACGAUGAUAAAGAUAGGCUACCAAGCGCAGGUUUCAUGCAGUUUCAGGACGGAUCUUACAUGCAACCCGUCGUGGUUGAACGAGAUACUGAUAUCAAAAAGAGCUCCAAUUGGUACCCGCUUGAUUUGUCAUUGUUAAUUGGGCUUGAGGCCGCAUAUGCCUACAGUGUAAGGCAUAAAAGGAGCCUUCGUGUGUCUUCUACAACUCAUCACGGCUUGAUUUUCAUGAACCAUAAAGGCUCUCCAACCAUGACGGUAUUUUUAAGAAAAGAUAAGUUGCUAUGUAUGACAUGGACCAAUAAAGGAUGGAGCAGUCCGACAGAAUGUUAUCAACACAUUUCCCCUACACAGUUUUCAGCGUCAAGGAAUGAACCGACUUUUGAUCGUUGUUAUAACAAAGCUGAAGAAUCAGUUAUCAGCGAGAAUUUGGAAACAUUGGACAAAAAUAUCCUCAAAUCCCGUAACUUGCUUAUAUUGCAACGUGAGUUUUCAAGAACCAUGAGUAAGGAUGGACUGUACAACAAUGAAUACAAUUCAUUUAAAGACUAUUUUAAUGCUAAAUGGAAUAACACGCUAGUCAGAGAUGCUUACGGCAUGUCAGGACAAGAAUUCUGGGUAAAGUCCCUCAGACACUGGAAUUUUGGAUACUACUUCAAAGAUGGAUCUUUCUCCGUCGCAUUUAGUUCAAAGCAUAUUCAAAACGGUGACUCCGAUAAUUGGUUGUUUAUAAACGGAAAUGAAAUUUCCGACUGGGAUCCUUGGCUCAGAAACAUCUAUGGAAUGUUCUUCUUCGACAAGUUUGGACGUCCGGUGAUAUUCUUUGCAGCUCUUAGUGAUUACCCCCAUUGCUGUAUCUAUAGGAGCCAUUGGGUGUACGAAUAUCGUCCAGAUAAUAGCUGGGAUUGGAUCGAAAACUUUUCAGAAUGGGAACCAAGCUUGUUGUCGAAAAACUCAGGCGCUUUGAGAUUUAUUGUUGAUAAAAACAAUAUUCACAGUUCAUAAAAUUUAACAUUCUUUAAAAUCAUUU